AAAGGCGUCACUAGUGAGACACAGAUCAUGGAUUCAAAACAGAGCAAAAUGAACAUUCUAAUGCUACCAUUUUUGGCCCAUGGUCACAUCACUCCCUUCCUAGAACUUGCCAAGAAACUCUCACGCAAAAACUUUCACAUAUAUUUCUGUUCUACACCAAUCAAUCUCAAAUCCAUCAAAAAGAGGAUCACUGAGAUGUACUCUCUCUCCAUUGAACUUGUAGAAAUCCACCUUCCAUCCUUGCCUGAGCUUCCUCCUCACUACCACACCACCAAUGGCCUCCCAUUCCAUCUCAAUUCCACCCUCCAAAAAGCCUUUGAAAUGGCCAGCCCAAACUUCUCCAACAUCCUCAAAACACUAAGCCCAGACCUUGUUAUUUAUGACUUCCUCCCAUCAUGGGCACAACCCAUUGCCUCGACCUAUAAUAUUUCGGCAGUUCAGCUCAUGACUUCCGGAGCUAUGAUUGUUUCUUUUUGCCAUCAUAUGAUUAAGCACCCUGGUGUUGAAUUCCCAUUUCCAGCAAUUCAGCUUCAAGAAUUCCAUGAUAAGCGGUUUCGCCGUACGAUCGAGAAAUUUUCAAAAGCAUCCAAAGAAAAGCAAGUCACCGCUGUAAAUAAUGAUCAACCACCACCUUGCAACUUUGAGUUGUUCAACACUUUUAGAGAGCUUGAAGGAAAAUACAUCGAUUACCAGUCGGUUAUAGGUGAAAAAAGGGUUGUCCCCGUUGGUCCACUUGUUCAAGGCGUUGUCGAUGAUGAAAAUGAGCACUCUGAGAUCAUACAAUGGCUUGACAACAAGGGUGAGUCCUCCACUGUUUUUGUUUCCUUUGGUAGCGAGUAUUUCAUGUCCAAGGAAGAGAUUGAGGAGAUAGCUCAUGGUCUAGAGCUUAGCAACGUUAAUUUCAUAUGGGUUGUCAGGUUUCCUAUGGGAGAGAAAGUUGAGGUUGAAGAAACACUGCCAAAGGGGUUUAUUGACAGAGUAGGAGAGAGAGGAUUGGUUGUGGAGGGUUGGGCUCCACAGGCAAGAAUUCUAGCCCAUUCAAGCACUGGUGGCUUUGUGAGUCACUGUGGAUGGAAUUCAACAUUGGAAAGCCUAUUUUAUGGGGUUCCAAUUGUAGCCAUACCCAUGAAUUUGGAGCAGCCAUUGAAUGCUAAACUGGUGGAAGAGUUUGGUGUGGCUGUUGAGGUCAACAGAGACAUCAAUGGAAGACUCAACAGAGAAGAGAUAGCACAGGUAAUAAGGAAGGUUGUGGUGGAGAAAAGCGGAGAGGACAUAAGGAUUAAAGCGAAAAAUUUUGGGGAGAAGACAAGAAUGAAAGGAGACGAAGAGAUAGACAAAGCAGUAGAAGUGUUGCUGCAGCUUUGCAAGGAAAGCAAGUUGCUUCAAAAUUAGUAUAGCAACUUUAUUGAAAUAUUUGGGUGAUUAGAAGAUAUCCUUUUGUUGUGAUUUGUUUCUUGCUGUAUUAAUUCUUAUUUUCAUAUGUAUUCAAACUCAGCCUUGAUUCGGUUGUAUACGACGAGGAGUUAAAAGAUCAAUACAAUAUUGUUUUUCUUCA